AUGGAGAAGCUCGGCGCGAACAAGGCUAACUCGUGCCCGCUAACACCGCUGGGGUUCCUGGAGCGCGCGGCCACCGUGUUCGGCGACUGCCCCUCGGUCGUCUACCACGGCGCCGCCUUCACCUGGUCCCAGACAUACCGCCGCUGUCUCCGCCUCGCCUCCGCUCUCGUCUCCCUCGGCAUCUCCCGCCACGACGUCGUGUCCGUGCUGCUGCCGAACGUGCCGGCCAUGUACGAGGCGCACUUCGGCGUGCCGAUGAGCGGCGCUGUGCUCCACAGCAUCAACACGCGCCUUGACGCGCGCACGGUCGCCAUCCUGCUCCGCCACUCUGGCUCCAAGCUCGUCUUCGUCGACCCGGCAAUGGUUCCGCUUCUCGACGACGCGCUCCGCCUCCUCCCAGCUGGGCACCAAGCCCCACGCGUCGUCCUCGUCGAGGACCCUCACCAGAAAGACUUUCUUCCAGCGCCUACCACCACGACUAUGACCUACGAAAGGCUCCUGGAGAUGGGCGACCCCGAGUUCGCGUGGGUCCGGCCCUUGAGCGAGUGGGACCCGAUGGUACUGAACUACACAUCUGGCACGACAGCUGCGCCCAAGGGAGUCGUGCACUGCCAUCGUGGGAUCUUCUUGGUCACCGUCGGCUCGCUCGUGGACUGGGCGGUGCCGCCGCGGCCAACCAUCCUGUGGACGCUGCCCAUGUUCCACGCCAAUGGCUGGAGCUUCCCGUGGGGGAUGGCCGCGGUGGGCGGCACCAACGUCUGCCUCCGCCGUGUCGACGCUGCCGAGGUCUACGACACCAUCGCCCGCUGCGGGGUCACGCACCUCUGCGGCGCGCCCGUCGUGCUCAACAUGCUGGCGAACGCGCCUGAGGGCGUGCGGAAGCUUCUCCCUGGGAAGGUCCAGAUCAUGACGGCUGGCGCGCCACCGCCGGCAGUGGUGCUCCAUCGCGCAGAGGCCAUGGGCUUUGAGGUCAGCCACGGGUACGGGAUGACCGAGACUGCGGGACAUGCGGUGUCGUGCGCCUGGAAGGGGGAGUGGGACAAGCUCCCCGCGACGGAGCGCGCGCGGCUCAAGGCGAGGCAGGGAGUGCGCACCCCGAGCAUGACGGAGGUGGACAUCGUCGACAGCGAAACCGGUAGAAGCGUGCCGCGAGACGGCGCCACGAUGGGCGAGGUCGUGCUCCGCGGCGGAUCCGUCAUGCUUGGCUACUUAGACGACGUCGACGCGACCAGGGCAGCGAUCCGGGAAGAUGGGUGGUUCUACACGGGGGAUGUCGGCGUCAUGCACCCGGACGGGUACAUGGAGAUCCGCGACCGCUCCAAGGACGUGAUCAUCAGCGGCGGGGAGAACAUCAGCAGCGUCGAGGUGGAGUCCGUUCUCUAUGGUCACCCGGCGGUGAACGAGGCGGCGGUGGUGGCCCGCCCCGACGAGUUCUGGGGGGAGACGCCGUGCGCGUUCGUAAGCCUCAAGGACAAUGUGGCGGGCGCGGUGACUGCGGCCGAGGUCAUCGCAUGGACCCGGGAACGCAUGCCGGGCUAUAUGGUUCCCAAGACUGUCGUGUUUCGCGCCGAGCUGCCCAAAACAUCCACCGGUAAGAUCCUAAAGUACGUGCUUCGGAAUCUUGCCAAGGAGAUGGGACCAAGUCGCUGGGGAGGCAGCAAGAUGUAGUUUAUGAAAGAAUCUGUAUUCUGUUUUCUAUGUUUUUUUCUGAACGAGCACAAUGCUCGUGCGGUUGUUGUGGAAAAAUUAAAAGUUCCUAUCUAAGUUCAAAUAUAAUGCAUCAGCAAUAUGCUCACAUGGUUA